AUAAAAUUACACGGGAGGGCGAAAAAUAAUCGACCGAUGCGUUUAGCUGUUCUACGAGUGGUAUGAGGCAAGCGUUAGAUUACGAGCGUUUUCACGUGCAACGUUAAUAAUUAUGGUUUUGGGAUACAGCUCGGAGAUUUAACGAUGGUCCUACGAAAUAAUGUAUUAUUUAGUGUUGUGUAGUGGCUUUGCUGGCAUGCAUCCCACCAAGAUUUACAUGCUAAAAUCGCCACUGCCCCUAUGCAACCAGGGGUAACGCUUCUGUUAAAGGCCAGAAACCAGGGAUUAUCUUUCUGCUGCCACAUAUGUAAGGGUUGAGGGGGUGCUGAAACAGGGAUUGGACCAAAGAAAAACACGAGAGAAAAUGCAUAAAGCCAACCGUUUUUUCUUGAACAGCAAUUUCUGUUUUGAAUUUUGGAUAACUUUUGCCUUUGCUCCUGCCAGAUAAAAUAACCAAAAAUGUUAUGUGAACCUUUGUGAACGUUGACACCGGAAGUGUUCAAGUACCAUCGGAUAUAACUGUUUUGAGCGAGUGAGCGCAUGAACCAGUGAAAGCAGCGGCUAGAUUUUUAAUGUGACAUUUUAAGUGCAGUUUUAGAGACGUGAAUUGUUCCUAGUCCUAGGUCUCAGAAUUUAUUUCCUUUGAGACGGUCAACCAACUGUCCCGCUUCAUAAUUUGAGGACAUGGAGCAGAACAACAGUUUGCCUCCUUUCCAGGGUCUUGCCUCCCCUCAGGGGGCAAUGACGCCUGGAAUGCCCAUCUUCAGCCCCAUGAUGCCCUAUGGCAGUGGUCUGACUCCCCAACCUGUGACGAACACCAACAGCCUGUCUCUCCUGGAGGAGCAGCAUCGGCAACAACAGCAGCAGCAGGCUUCGACUCAGCAGGGUGGGGUGUCAGGGGGCUCAGGACAGACGCCACAGCUUUAUCACUCCCAAACGGUCACCACCACCACACUGCCGGGAAACACCCCUCUCUACACCGCUACACCGCUAACCCCCAUGACACCCAUCACACCUGCCACACCUGCCUCUGAGAGCUCUGGGAUUGUCCCACAACUACAGAAUAUCGUAUCCACUGUGAACUUGGGCUGCAAACUUGACUUGAAAACGAUAGCACUCCGAGCUAGAAAUGCUGAGUACAAUCCAAAGCGAUUUGCUGCUGUUAUCAUGAGAAUACGAGAGCCAAGAACAACUGCACUUAUCUUCAGCUCUGGGAAAAUGGUGUGCACAGGAGCCAAAAGUGAAGAGCAGUCCCGCCUGGCAGCCAGGAAAUAUGCCAGAGUCGUGCAGAAGUUGGGCUUCCCAGCCAAAUUCCUUGACUUCAAGAUACAGAACAUGGUGGGCAGCUGUGAUGUCAAAUUCCCCAUUCGGUUAGAGGGACUUGUAUUAACUCACCAGCAGUUCAGCAGUUAUGAACCGGAGUUGUUCCCUGGGCUAAUCUAUAGAAUGAUCAAACCCAGAAUUGUCCUGUUGAUAUUCGUUUCAGGCAAAGUUGUAUUAACAGGUGCAAAGGUGAGAGGAGAAAUUUAUGAAGCAUUUGAAAACAUCUACCCCAUCUUGAAAGGAUUCAGGAAGACGACGUAAAUAUUUGUCUGCUUUUUCUUUUUUUUUAAUGGUCACAGGGACACUUGUCCUAUGUUAUGACCUGUUACUUUGGGACUCUGAUUGGACCUGUACAGUUUAAUCAACAAAUCAGGGACCCCUCCUAUUCAUCUUAAAGGGAUACUUCUGAGAUUUUGGCAAUGAGGCCUUAUCUACUUAGUCAGAUGACCUCGUGGAUACCAUUUUUAUGUCUGUUUCCAGUAUGAAGGAAGUUAAAGGUAGUUUUGAGUUGAUGCUAACUAACGUUGGCAUGUUAGCUGAUACCCGUAGACUUCGUCACUGCGCUAAUGCUAGUUAGCACUGGCUCGCAAAACUACCUCUAACUUCCUUCAUGCUGGACACAUGGUAUUCACGAGUAGAUCUGAAUCUGGGGGAGUAGAUAAAGGUGAUACUAGGAGAAAUGCUGUAUUUUAGCAGUUUUAUUUAUUUUUAAAUGACUCUUGUUAUUAAAUAAGGCAGUCUGGCUGGCUCUUACAUUUUUCUAAAGUAGGUUUUAUUGUUAACCUACAGUUUCUCAGUGCAUCUUUGUCCACACAUUCCCUACAGACAUUUUAAGAUUCUUUAAAUGUUUUUUAGUCUUUCAUUGUUGUAUGAAGAAUCUCACUUGGGAUUGUAUCGCAGCAAAGCUUAACUACCCAAUUUGUCAUUAUUUGAAUGACUGGUACUGAAGGCAAGAAAAUGGAACAUUAAUCAUGCAGUCUUAGUCUGGAUUUUAGAAAUGGCAUUAGUCAUAUCUGUAUGUACCUCGAAUGUAUUAUUUCUCAUUCAGUUUUUGGUCAUGAUUGAAGAACCCUCAUGUUUCAAUGCUAUAAUGGACAAACUAGCCUAAUUCACCAUGGAUUUUGUUUGUUUACACAAUGUAUUUUUGGUCUACCAUGAAAGCCCUGUCAGUAAUUUGUUCUAAAUGUUAUUUUGCUACCUUGUGCACAGUUAAAUGUUUCCUUACCAAUUGUGAUCUCCUUCCUUUAGUUUAAAAAGCUUUGUCUUCAGGGUAUGGCAAGAUUUACAACAAUCCAGGGAAUGACUGUUCAUGUAUUUGAGACAGCAUGACCAAUUUAAUGAAUAGACUCACAAUGUCACAUGACAUUAACAUGCUAAGUGUGCUUUAAUGCUCAAAAAAUGACAUUGCAUUACAGAAAUGUAUUUAAAUCAGUUGAAGCUAUGCAAACUGUUAGUCCUAUGACAAAACAAAUGACAUGUCUUUUGCUUAUGGUGAUAAAGAGCGUAACAACCUGAA